UCCAGGACGAUCUUUCAGCUCAUUCUUCUGCUCUAUUUUUAUGUUUGGGCUCAAAAGGCACUGCUGGGGAACCGGUAUGGCUACCGAGCUCUUCCUCGUCUUGUCCCGGAGAAGCAUUUUGAAGUUCUUUUGUCCAAACUCUCCAAAAAUCCUGAAGAUGUCAAGCAGCUAAAUCAGUGGUACUUAAAAGACAACAAUGCGGUCCCACCCACCUACGUUCUUCAGCCAAUCACUGAUCACUUCCCCCACUUUGGUGACCUCCAGCCUGGGAGUGAAGCGCAGCGGGACGACAGCCUCCUCUCCUGGCGCUUCACAGAGACUAAACUGUUGAAGCUUCUCCGCUCUGCUGCCGCCGCCGCAGAGGCAGCCGGCGACAUCACAGCCAAGCAGAAACAACACUUCUUCACAUCAGUCACAGAGCAAGAAUUUGAGCAGGGUUUGUGGAAGGAUAGCAGCGAACCAUCGGCUCUACUCUUUGUGCGAGAGAUUCCCUGCCAGAGGAUGAAGGACGUUCCUAAACGUCUCGCUAAAUACAUGGACCUGUCUGCAGACGGCCUGCUGGAUGCAGAAGCUCAGGGACUCCUUACCGGCCUCAAAUCCCACCUCUACGCCACGCGGCAGAAGAUUCUUAACUUGAACUGCGUAGAGCUCAGCAAAGGAAGCAUUGACCCCAAACGUAAAGAGCAUGCUCGGUACCUGGACAUCAUCUGCGAGCAGUUUGUGUUGCAGAUGAAGGCCAGGAUAGGAGAGGUGGUUGAUUUAAAGGUAGAGGGGAGGAGGAGGAAUAUUUGGGGAAGCAUUGAUGAAGAAAAGGAGAUCAUCUCAGACCUUUGGGUUGAACAGGUUGGAUGGCAUGUCUCCAUGAGUAAUGAGCUAUGCAGGGGUCUCUACGGCAGGGAAAGCCUUCUGGGUAAACUCUGUUGUGCCAUGUGGGAGUCCACCAAUGUGCCCCAUGGCACCCUGGUGGUACAUGGGGCUGCUGGGAUGGGGAAGACAGCUUUGCUGUGCAAAGUAGCGCAGGAGACACGCAGCGUUCUUGAUGCCGAGGCAGCGGUGGUGAUCAGGCUGCUCUCAGCACAUCAUCCUCAAAGACCCAACAUUGACAACGUCCUACGUAGCAUCUGCCUCCAAAUCUGUUUGGCCUGGGGUUUGGCUCCGCCCUCACCUCUGACAGCCAACAACCACCAGGAGCUGCUCCAGUUCUUCAGGAACGUCCUCACUGAGGUGUCCCAGCAGGGGAACACUUUGCUCAUUAUCCUUGAUGCUGUGGAUCAUCUCUCAGACGUACACCAUGCUCACAAACUCCGCUGGAUGCCCGCAAACCUCCCACCCAAUGUCCACCUGGUGGUUUCCAUGGAUACCAACAGUGAGGCGUUUGCUAACAUGCGGCUAAAGUUGAAUAGUCAGAGGAGUUACUUUGAAGUGGAAGGUUUGUCUCGUGAUGAAGGUAGACAAAUGAUGGAGUCAUACCUGCACGAAUCUCAGCGAACGUUGACUCCUGAGCAGCGUGAGGCCGUGCUGCGCAGCUUUGAGACCACCGGCUGUCCUCUGCACCUCAAAAUGAUUCUGUCUGCAGCUAAACGCUGGCUGUCCUUCACCCCGCUCGCAGCAACACAUCCGAGCACCAACACACAGGAAGUGAUGUUACAGCUCUUCCUGAAGCUGGAGGAGAAACAUGGGAAGGAGCUAGUGGGCGGGGCUUUAGGGUACAUUGCUCUGGCAAGGUAA